AUGUGUCCUCUUUCUAGAAACAACAAACUGUGGAUCUGUAUGGAAUAUUGUGGUGGACAAUCUAUGCAAGACAUUUAUUUGUGUAAGUUCUUUUUCUGGCGUCCCAAUGAAUUUUUCCACCCCGAUCAGACACACGGAAACCCUUGGAGGAAGAUUGCAUUGCCUUUGUCUCCCGUGAAACACUACAAGGCCUCAGUUUUAUGCAUGAAAGAGGACGAAUCCAUCGUGAUAUCAAGGUGUCAAUUGCAUUUGGGUGCCAAUAUUCUACUCACAGAUGAUGGGCGUGUCAAAGUAGCUGAUUUUGGGGUCGCUGCACAGCUGAACAACACUAUUGGGAAACGGACUACUUUAAUUGGUACGCCGUACUGGAUGGCUCCUGAAGUUGCUUCCAUUGAGUCUCGCGGGGCUGGGUACGAUGGCAAAUGUGACGUUUGGGGCGUUGGGAUCACCGCUAUCGAAUAUGCAGAGUUGCAACCACCUAUGUUUGACCUCGACCCUAGAAAGGCACUUCAAAUCCUCGGAUCUCGAAACUAUCGAUCUCCCAGUCUUCAGGAUCGUCACAAGUGGUCACAACGAUUCCACUCAUUUGUCAAGUGUUGUCUGAUCAAACAUGAGCGUCGCAGACCGGAUGCAGCCACAAUGCUCACGCACAACUUUGUGACCAACCCGAGUCUUUCUCCAAAAUUAACCCAACGGCUACUGAAUUUCAAGCGUCAGUUGGAACUGCAAGCAAAACAGCCCCUACAAUCUGCAUCCCCGCCACCACCGGUACCUCCACCACUCACAGACGUGGUUAUAUCCAAACUACCUUUGUCCAACGUGCCACAGAAUGGAUUCUUCGGGCUUUCCGAGGAUUCUGGUCCAUAUCCUUCUGAUUCACCCAUGGUGAUCCCAGUGGAUGCCCAAGCAUCCAGUGUUGUCCACACACAUCAACCACUGCAACAGUUUGUCUCCACAAGACGCGUACUUCUAAGCAACGACUCCCGAUUACUUUCCAACGCCCAGUUCCAGGACAGUCUCUCCCAAUCAAACCUCCAGGUGGAGCCUACUGAAUGCUCCACUGCCUCGUCAGAUAUUUUCAGCUCUGAAUGCCCUCCCAACCCUCGUGAAGUUAUCGUGCUCGCGGAUCCCAGCAAAGCUAUUGUCACCAAUGGUUCUCCUCAGGCACAACACUCUUCAUCGAACUUGUCCGAAUCAAACAGUGACCUCGCCCCGGCUAUUCCAGCUAGAUGCUUGCGCGGUGCCUCCAUGGACACAAGCAACUCUGAAGAUCGUUUCUCAUCCAUCCCAGAGAACUCUGAAUCAACAUGUUCCGUCAGCGUUGGUGAUAAACAAAAGCCUAAACGACCUGCUCCGCCUCCCUCUGUUAUUCGCAUCAACUGCAACCCACCGAGUUCUGUCGCUCCGCUAAAGGUGGGAGGUGAUGCUUCGCUUCCCGGAGGACUUGGCGUUGGCGACGGCGGAUUGUUUGCCGAUGGUCUGCUACGAGGAAGCUCCGAAGAUUUGCUCCGUGAAGUGAUGGAUGCGUUCGAAAAACGACGGAGUUGCAUCGAGUUACCAGAUUCGUAUUCACACGCACCCUAUGAUCGCGAUCGUCCGUCUUCAGUCGGUGCCUCGCCUAACGUCUCACCAGAUAAGCAAGGCGUGCUCACCGACAGUCGCAGAAGAAUGCACCCGUCUAGAGUGCAGGAUUCGCCGACUUCAGUGGGCGUGAUCCCUCCCCGCGCACGUUCAAAACGGCGAGCCCCACCACCUCCUAUCUCUGAGAGUAUGACAGCCGAACAGUCUUCGACCCUCACAGAUUCCUAUGUGUACCAGACCGUGGAAACUGCUCCUGAUCGUCAAUUACCCUCUAUAUAUUCGGCUUCUCCAGCCAAUACUGAUCAAGUUCGUAUGGAGGAUACCGGAACGGAUCAACGGUCAUCCAAUUUGGUUAUCCGCUACGAACGAUCCUACGAACCUCCGAAUGGUGCAGUGCACACAAGUACGCCUACGGAGAUUCCGCCUCGCCCUCCUCCUCCCAAGAUUGAUACUAGUAGGUCCAUUUUGACUAGACCUCUCCCUGGGGAAGAGGAGAAAAGAGCUGCCCGCAAACAGCUGUUAGAGAUGGGACUUGGACUGCCACCCACACCGAAAGUGCUUAUGGGUGCUUGUUUCAUGUUACUGUUCGAAGGUUGCCCUUUGAAAGUCAACGCGACGGCAACUUGGGUCAAUCCUGAGACGAGAAGUCAAGUCAUUCUUUUUGGCACAAACGACGGAAUCUAUUUUCUCAACCUCGUCGACCUUGCCGAUUGCACACUUGAACUGCUCAUCGCGCGACCUUGUGGUUGGUUAUCGGUACUGAAGGAUACGAUGAUGUCCCUGUGUGGACAACCUCCUAGACUGUACAGUCAUAAUUUAAUCUCUCUCAUGAAAUCCAAAGGACAUACCCAACCGAAGUUUCUGCAAAAGCGCUUUCAACCUACAACUAAAAUACCAAACACACGUGGAUGUCACAUCGCCAACGUCAUACGCAACCCGUACAAUGGAAUGAAGUAUCUAUGUGGUGCCAUUGACAAAUCAAUUUUUGUCAUGGAGUGGUAUAAUCCGCGAAGUACUUUCAUUGAAGUCAAGCGGGUUGCGGUGCCCAACAUGCCCAGUCCCGUGUUGAAUUUCGACCUCAUCAUUUGUCAAGACCAACCGCUUCCUCUGGUCUGCCUCGGUGUAUUUGCCACACCGGAUCCGCUGUGUUACAAACUACAUUUGGUUAACCUGAAUGAUGGUGGCGUCGAGUCGUCCACCAACAGUCCUCUCAAUCAUGAGGAUCAACUGCAAGUAAUCAAAGUGGUCCAACUGGAGUAUAACACACUUCUGAUUUGCUUUCCGACUCAUGCGACCAUUGUCAAUUUGAACGGUAUGGUAAAAGUGGAUCGACAGGGCUGGAAAGCAGAACUUCAGUUUGGAGCGAGCAUUCAUUCGAUUGUUUGUUUACAAGACAGUGUCCUCGCUUUCCAUACACACGGGCUUCGAGGGAUCGGUUUUGACGGACAGCUCACCCAAGAUAUCAACGAUGACAAGCACAUUUACAGGCUUCUGGGCUGUGACAAAAAUGUUGUCGUUGAAAGUCGACCUACCGACGACCCCAUGUCAAAUUCCAAUAUAUAUCUCUUGGCUGGCCAUAAGGAUCUAUAUUGAUACGGAAUCAUGGAUUGUGCGUCAAACGCGCCAACGUCCUCACAGAAACAUUGGAAGGCAGUGUAAACCACCCUAUGAAGACGUACUUUUUCGCGGGACCUCCAAAGCAGAUAUCCAAAUUUCCCGAAACCUUCCAUCUGCAAAUUGGUCUUCCCAACCCCAAUGCUUAUCUUAAUUGCCUAUCUGGUACCCGACUCGUUUCGGUAUUGUUGCAACCUCUGGAGAAAAUGUUUCAUUCGUUCGACUGCGGCGCAAUGUUCCCGUAGGUAACAGAUAUGCUGAUAAAAGUUUCUUUUUGGUCUUGUUGGUUGAUUAAAUCGCCAAUUCCUUCAUCAUCGCUAACACAUCUCCAUAGGUGCGCGAGCGCGGUCCAUCUGACUCAACAACCUCGAGCUUUCACUUCUAUUUUCUUUUACUGUCAACCGUUGCUGUGGAUAUCGUUAAAACAUCAGCUCCUUUACAAUCCUAUAUCCAUCUUCCGUAUGUUCACCACACGUUAAUUUCUUAUGCGAACACUUGUACAGUUGUUUUUUCAUCUCAUUUAUCCGUCGGUUGUCGGCGGCCUCGCUCAAACUGUUGCAACUUUGUUUCAUCUUAUUUCCACUUCUGCUUCUAUAAAAAUAAAGGCAACGGAUUCAGA